AUACCCUGUGUCAUCAUGGCUUCCAAACAGUAAUCCCUUCUUCAGAAAUUCAUCAGCUUCACAGAAAAUUUUGUUGAACAGCCUAAAAAUAGAAGAUCAAGGCAAAACAAUCAGCUGUGUAUUGCAACCUAGGAAGUGAGCUGACCUUCCAAUUUGAGGUAAAAGAAAGACAUUUAAAUGGCAUGGGAAAACCAAACCCUUCUGGUGGAAUUUUUUCUGAAGGGACUUUCUGGUCACCCAAGGCUUGAGUUACUCUUUUCUGUGCUAAUCUUCAUAAUGUAUGUGGUCAUCCUUCUGGGGAAUGGUACUCUCAUUUUAAUCAGCAUCUUGGACCCUCACCUUCACACCCCUAUGUACUUCUUUCUGAGGAACCUCUCCUUCUUGGACAUCUGCUACACCACCACCUCUAUUCCCUCCACGCUGGUGAGCUUCCUUUCAGAAAGAAAGACCAUUUCCUUUUCUGGCUGUGCAGUGCAGGUGUUCCUUGGCUUGGCCAUGGGAACAACAGAGUGUGUGCUCCUGGGCAUGAUGGCCUGUGACUGCUAUGUGGCUAUCUGCAACCCUCUGAGAUAUCCCAUUAUCAUGAGCAAGGAUGCCUAUGUACCCAUGGCUGUUGGGUCCUGGUUUGCAGGGAUUGUCAACUCUGCAGUACAAACUACAUUUGUAGUACAAUUGCCUUUCUGCAGGAAUAAUGUCAUCAAUCGUUUCUCCUGUGAAAUUCUAGCUGUCAUGAAGAUGGCCUGUGCUGACAUCUCAGGCAAUGAGUUCCUCAUGCUUGUGGCCACAAUAUUGUUCACACUGAUGCCACUGCUCUUGAUAGUUAUCUCUUACUCAUUAAUCAUUUCCAGCAUCCUCAAGAUUCACUCCUCUGAGGGUAGAAGCAAAGCUUUCUCUACUUGCUCAGCCCAUCUGACUGUGGUCAUAAUAUUCUAUGGGACCAUCCUCUUCAUGUAUAUGAAGCCCAAGUCUAAAAAGACACUUAAUUCAGAUGACCUGGAUGCUACCGACAAAAUUAUAUCCAUGUUCUAUGGGGUGAUGACUCCCAUGAUGAAUCCUUUAAUCUACAGUCUUAGAAACAAGGAUGUGAAAGAGGCAGUAAAACACCUACUGAACAGAAGGUUCUUUAGCAAGUGAGUGCAAAAUGUACUGGAGUGUGAACACACUUGAUAUUGUUGAAACUUCAGAAUUAUGUUAGAAUUUUGGAUACUUUUACUGUUUUUCUGCAUUUUCAUAUAUUAUGUUAAAAUAAUGAGAUACAGCAUUUCAAAAUUAUUGCAUGUUCACUGUAGAGAAUUUGUA